AUGCAUUUCGACUUCACCCUGCAGACUUGCUGCGAGCGAAACCAGAACAUCACCUUCGUGAGCAUCUCCGCCUGUGUGCUGAUAAACGCCAUGUUCUGGAGGUGCAAAAUUUUGGAGCCCUUCAAACUUCUGACCGUUUUUUUGCACGAGUUUUCGCAUGCGUCGGCCUGUUGGUUGACGGGGGGCCGGGUGAAGAGCAUAGAGGUGAACAGAAAUCAUGGAGGAUGCACAAACACAAUUGGAGGAAACAGAUUCCUAAUUCUGCCCGCUGGCUACAUUGGCUCCUGUUUCUACGGGAUGUUUUUUAUUUUGAUGGCAUACAUAAGCAGAUGGACACUCAUCACAUCCGCUGCCUUCUUAUGCUUCUUACUCUUAAUAGUGUUAAUUUUUUAUGCUAAUAAUUUUUUCCUAAGGAUUCUUUGCGUCCUCUUCUUAACGCUUACCAUUUCUGUUUGGGUGUUGUGUGUGCAUUUUAAGGAAGAUGUGCAAUACUGGCCCCUAAAAAUAAUCAUGACUUUCAUAGGCGUCCUCAAUCAAAUAUAUAGCAUGGUAGACAUAGUUGAAGAUCUAAUUACGAGAUCUGUGCCUGAGUCCGAUGCGUAUAAAUAUGCAGAACUGACCAAAUGUAACUCCAGAUUUUGUGGGGCCCUAUGGUUUGUGGUCAAUUUGACUUUUAUAUGUUUGACCGUUUAUUUGAUCGGCGCAAUUCAUGUGAAGAACUUUGACGAUUGA